ACAAGACGAAUAUAAUUAAAUAUCAAAACCAAAUUUAUGCAAUACCUUUGAAGUUAAAAGACACACACACACAUUUUAAUAUAAAAUCAAAAAAAAAAAUAAUAUUAUGGCGCCUACAAUUUGUUCAGAGAAUAAGACUCAACAACGCUCUGGAAUAAAUGAAAUUCGUAAGGAUACCAAAAUAACUACCAGCCUUUCAAAAGCACCCUCAUCAAGUUUAAAUUAUGCUCAAAAGCGUUCAAAACUCAUAAGACCCUAUCCGGCACGAGGAAAACGUCAAAUUAUUGAUAAUUCCGUUUAUCAAAUCAGUAGCAGUAGUGACGCCAGCAAUGACACAAAUGAAAAUUUCCAUAGAUCAAAUUCACCACAACCCUCAAUCAUCUCGGACAAUUCAAUAUCCACCUCAUCUGAGUCGUCUCUUCUUUCACCACUGUCAUCACUCUCUGAACUUUCAACAACUUAUGUCUCCUCCGGCUCCGAAGACUACACGUCUUGUGCAAAUCGCCUAAAAUCACCAUUCUACCAUCACAACAUUGACUUAUCAUCGUCAGUAUAUACCAUAAGUAGCAGCGACGAGGAGAAAAACCUCGAUGAAGACAUGAUCUCAAGAUCGUUUAACGUGAUAGCCUCAGAUAGCCAAGACAAUGUUACAUCAACAAUUGAAGAUGAUAAAACCAACUUAAAAUCACUUACCAAAUUACAAAUGCAGCAAGAAUCAAAGCACACCAAAGGCCUGUUCGAUAUUGCAAUUAAAAUGAUAAAGUUGGUGCAUCGUAAUCAGUUGCUGCAACGAAGAUUAUCACAAUUACAAGCGGAAACAUCACAAUUUAUCGAGUCUGUCUUAGCCAAUCCCGAGAAUCAGGCUUUUCGAGAUAAAGUGCAAGCAAAUGGUUGUUGUAAGAAUUAAGAGACUAAAAAAAAGAAGAAAAUAAAAAAAAUCUACCUCGUUCAAAGUGAAAACCAAAAUGAAUAUCAUACAAAAAAUAUGUCGAUGCGGUUUAUUGAUAGACAACAUGUUGAUAAAAAUAACAAUUUUAAAUAAAAUCCACCACACAACUUCGCUGUGUUGCAUACUUUUAGGAUCACAAUCCAAUACAACACUCUCCCAUGCAAGAAAUACUGCUGUAUUUAUAAUUCCUAUUAUUAUUUAUUUAUUUUCAUAAUUUAGCAUCUAUAUAUACAUUAGACAUUUCAAAAAUUAAGUUUUUGACAGGAGUGCUCCUUAAAGUUGUUUCACUCUUAUCAAGAUUCAUGCGAUUAGAAUGUUGUAUUGUUUUUUUUAGAAACUUAAAACUGUUCUGUCAAAAUUAUCAAUACAAUAAUUUUAACAUAAAGAAAAUUAUACAUACGUAAUCGCUUAUUAUAAAAUACAUUUUGAAGUAUUAUAACCUACAAGUUGAUCAUAAACAAACAGUUAUUAUGUAAAAAAUAUACAUAUAUAUAUAUAAAUAUAAAAGCAUAAAAUGUAAAAAACAAAAUAAAUAAAACAAACAAAAAUGUGCCAGCAAAAUAAAUUAAAAAGUUAAACAAAAUAAUGUGAGGCAUAUAUCAUGUGAAAAGCAAUUCCUUUAAAUCUAAAAAAGUCUUAUAAAUUAUUAUGCAAAUAGAUUAGUUUUCUUUAAAAAAAAAUAUUUUAUUUAAUAAAUAAAAUAAAUAUAAAAACAUACAUAAAUAUAUUUAAUAUUAUAGACAAGUAAUAAUGUUUUUUAAAAUAUAAAAAUUAAACUUUAAGAAUUUUUUUCUACUUUGUACUGAGCAAACGCAUGUCAAAAUGCAAAAUAUUUCUGUGAGAAAAAAGUAAAUGAAAAGCAUUUUCCAAAAUAAACAAAAAUAUAUUGAAAUAUUUAAUAUAAAUUAUUGAGUUAAUUAAA